CCAGAAUGUUCUUGAAAGCAGUGGUGAACAAUUUUGCUCCGGCGACAAGGUGCACUGUUAGCCAUAAAAAUUCCAUCAUCAUUUGGGAACAUGAAGUCCAUGAAUGGCUGCAGAUCAUUUCCAGCACUUAUUCCUUUGCGAGCUGCUGUUGCAAUUCUUGGAUUUCUGGGGAUAGCUUUCCAGUAUGUAUUGAAAGUGACACUGUCUGUUGCUAUUGGUGGCAUGGUGAAACAGACUGCCCAGGAGGAUGCUACUGAUAACACAUGUGGUCCUGCAGGUGCAAACACCACGUCUGGUGUAUCUCAGCCAGGUGACUUUGAGUGGGAUGAAGAUAUGCAAGGAUACAUAUUAUCAUCGUACUACUAUGGAUAUGCACCAGUUAACAUCAUUGCUGGUUACACUGCCUCACGAUACAGUGCUCGUUGGGUCUACUGCACAGGACUUUUGAUGGCAGGCCUCUUCUCAGUGCUGGGCCCUUUGGCAGCAGAGGGAGGACCAGUUGUUUUCAUGCUGACACGUAUUAUUGUUGGAAUUUUUUCUGGCAUUAUUACACCAUCCAUGCACGUAAUUUUUGGUAGAUGGUUUCCCGAAAAUGAACGUCAGAGGCUGAGUGGAUUUAUUUUUUCAGCAAACUAUUUGGGUACUGUUCUUUCAAUGGCCUUGUCUGGAACAAUGGUGAAGUCUUUGGGAUGGCCUUCAGUAUUCUACAUUUUUGGUGGCAUUACAAUUUCCCUGACUAUUCCUUGGCUCUACUUUGUGUACAGUGAACCUGAGAGUCAUCCAAGAAUCUCACAGAAAGAACUUGACUAUAUACUAGAGAACACUGGUCACAGUAAAAAGACGAAUGAUGAAAAAAAGAAGCUGCCUGAUGAUGAGGAGUCAAAAAUUGGAAAUCCAUGGCCUAUGGUUUUGUCAAAUCCUCCAAUGUGGGCGCAUUGUUUUGUAAUGUUUGGGAUUGGAUGGGUGAACUACACAUUAUUAUCUGAAUUACCAACUUACAUGGAGAAAAUACUCCACUAUGAUCUGGAUCAAGCUGGUCUCGUGUCAGCAUUGCCCUACCUGUUCGGGUGGAUCAGCUGCAGUAUAUAUGGUUAUCUGACACGCAAAUGUACGCAGAAAGGUGUGCGCAUUAUUACAACAAUGAGGGUGUGGGAUGCAGUAGCCUGUAUUGGAACUCCACUGUUCCUCCUUGGUGUAACCCUUGCUAAUUGCAAUGUAACAGCAAUAAUAGCCCUAUUUGUCAUGACUAUGGUGGCUCGCUGUGCUAUAUAUGGUGGUUCCUAUAUGAAUCACCUUUAUCUAUUCCCGGAAUCGUAUGGAAGUGCAGCUGGUCUUGCACUAACGAGCACCAACAUUCCUGGAAUUAUUACUCCCAUUGUUACAAGUGCAUUUGUAUCUGGCAGGCAAACAAUACAGCAGUGGAAGUAUGUAUUUUAUACAUCAAUGGCAGUAUGUGCAAUUCCUUAUGUCACCUUCCUCGCAUUUGGAACUGCUGAUGAGCAGGAAUCAAAGUGGCUAGAACGCAAGGAGCGAAAGAGGAAACCGGCUCACAUAACAGAUGUACCUGUGUAAAA